GGAGACGUGCCUCAAGCAUCCCUGCGAGACACAUACUACCCUGAACUCCCCUGUGCAGUACAGUGCCCAAUCAGGAUCAUCUCAUGCAGUUAUGGCGGGGAGGGAUGCAAAUACCCAACAGCAGCCGAGAAUGCCAACCCGGCAGACUACAUCCCUGCAAACGAAAUCCCCGUCUCUUGGCAACCUGCCCCCAAGGCAUCUCCAACUUCAUCUGCUACAGCGAUGCCACAAACCAGACCUGCGUUGCUGCUUAUUAGCACUUUGGAUGCUUCAAUCUCAGCCCCUUGCCGGCUGGGAACCGGUACACUAGUGAGCAGCACGCCCACGCUUGACUUGAACUUGCUUGGAUCUGGCAUGUUUUACAAGGGCUACAGCACCCGCAUGUAGUAGUAUUGACAGGCAGCUUGUCUAGAGAUGCUUUUGCCUCUGGAAGAGACAUCUUUCAGAUUACUCUAUGAAGGAGGUUUUAUAUAAGUACAAGGGGCAAAGGACCCCUGUAGGAGGGCAUGUGAUUGUAUAGGAACGCUUCAAAAUAGGUAGGAGAGAGCAGGAGUGUCUGGCUUACCGGGCAGCUUUGCACGCGCCGGUGAGUUGCCGAGUCCCUGAGGGCCAGCAGGCUUUCUCUUGCUCUGUAAAAAUACAGUGUACAGCCUUACAUGCCCGCAUUUUGCCAGGCGCCCAUUGGUGCCCAUGGUCUGCAGAUGAUACUGCUGGUCAAGUUUGUGAGUACUGCUUUUAUUUUGCAACUUGCAACUCAAUGCUGCAGAGCUGCCUCCACAUUUGCUGCCUUCUGGAUGUUGAAGUUCAGUGAAUUGAAGAAAUGUUGUAUCAAAAGGUUGAAGUUUUCUGGUCUUCCUGCAAGGGUCACUGACAUGGCAUGUGGAGUUGCCUCUAUCUUGAUAUUAAGACAGGCCUGGUGAUGGUGUUCAUCUGGAUUUCAAUUGUGGCUGAUGUGGCGGUUGCAUUGCUUUGAGAUUAGAAAUGUAGUCCCUGACUUUGUGAACACAUUGAUCAUCAGUGGAGGGGCAUGAUCCCUUCCUUCUGUCAGACAACUACACAGAUGUAACGUGCCAUUGCAUA